AUGACAUCUCAACUUUCUGGUAAUAUUUUGGGUCCCAACAUAGCAGUUGCUACAGGGUUACCGCCACGCCAUAAAAUCAUUGUCGCUAUAGAUUAUGGAACUACAUUUUCUGGUAUUAUUUAUGGCCUUAGCACCCAGAAAACUGGCGAUAAACUUAGCUUUGUGCCUCUUUGCAGCAAAAAGCAAACCGAAACGACGAAGGUCCCAUCCAGGAUUGCAUAUGCGAGAGAAAAUCCAAGCCUCAUAAAAUCAAACCAAUGGGGCUUCAACGUGGGACCAAAAUUGACGUCAUGUUCUUGGAUGAAGCUCCUUCUAGACAAAAACGCUGUCUUUGGCGAGGACGACGAUAUAAUCUCAAAGAUAGUCAUCGAUGAAGGAAUGAUGCACUUGCCACCACACCGAGACUGCAAAGGUGUCUGUGAGGACUUUCUCCAUGAGUUGUAUGUUGCCUUUGCUGGACACGCCGAAAGAACGCUUGGAGUGGAUGCCUUCAGAAUGUCGCCAAUAGACUGUUGGAUUACCUUGCCAGCCAUCUGGUCUGAUGAGGCAAAGCAUGCCACCUUGAACGCUGCCAGGAAGGCUGGAUUUGCAGCAAACCCAAUGGAUGAGGUACACACAAUUGCGGAACCGGAAGCGGCAGCGAUUGCAACUCUGAAAGAGCUAGCUGCACCAGGAACUCUCAAUGCUGUGCAGCGCGGUGAUAAUGUCUUGAUAUGUGAUUGCGGGGGAGGAACUGUCGAUAUUACCACAUACACAGUCACUUCGGUUGCGCCGAAGUUGACUUUUGAAGAACUUUGCGUUGGAACUGGUGGAAAGUGUGGCUCUACCUAUAUUGAUCGUCACCUUCACGCUCUCUUAUCUGAUCGUUUUGGCAAUGCUUUCGACAGCAUCCCAUAUACGAGAAAAGGUCCGGGAAGCGCUCUGAUGAACAAUUGGGAGGUGCUUAAGAGAUGCUUCGGUCCCACCAUGGAGAAUGCUGUCACCUUCGAACUAGGUCCGCUGUACUUUGAUUUGCCAAGCUCGCAUCAAUAUGACAGAGACGAUAAUGUUAUCUUCCUAUCACUUGAAGACAUGAAGUACGUGUUCGAUCCAAUCGUCGAUCGGGUAAUCAAACUAGUUAAAAAGCAGGUCGACCAAGCAAAGCGCCAAAGAAAGGCAAAAAUCCAUCGCAUAGCUCUUGUGGGUGGAAUGGGAGCUUCAAAAUAUCUAUACAGCAGAUUAUUGUCGUGGUGUGCUUCAAAUGGACAUAUUGAGCUUCUAUGCCCUGAGCGCCCUGAUCUCGCAGUUUUAAGGGGUGCUGGAAUUCGGGCACUCGAAGGACUUGCGCCUCGCGUUAAGUACGUUCGUCGGCACUACGGCUUCCGAAUCAGUCGUGUCUUCCGGGAAUUUAUCGAUGAGGAAAAGCACGCAUACAUCGAUGACUACUCAAACCUAAAGUAUUGUGCAGGCCGAGCCAUAUGGUGUGUUUCAAAGGGCGAUGUGAUAACUGAAGGGUCGUUUCAUUCAGAAGGUUGUUCGUCCCCCUACAGCCCUGGAAAAGCCAUUAAUUCUACGAUUGAACUUUAUUCAUGCGAAGGAGAUCAACAACCUGAUAGGAUGGACGAUCCACGCGUCAAGAGCGUUGGCAAAAUACCUUACAACUUCCCUGCAGAUUUCAACUUCGGCAUGGACAGCAGGUCAAGAUUCAACCAGCGCCUUGACAGGAUGGUUCAUGAGUUCCAUUUUCAGAUCCAAGUUAUAUUUGGUGACAGAGGAGCCAAUCUGAAAUUCCGGCUCGCUGUUGGUGGUAGAGUGGUAUCCGACACUACCAUCGAAUUUCCUGAGCAUUGA